AUGGGAGGCUCCUCUAGCUUAAACGAAGUCAUGACCUACAACGCCCUCGCGCAAGGAUACAAUCAAGUUGAUCAAGACGAAUUCAGGGCCUUUAUGUCAAUCAAAAACAACAUGCCCGAAAUACCGCACGAAGACCUCAUGAAGGAAGGAGAGACCAAGUACAACAAUCUUGUCUCAGAGGGUCUCUGGCACCUUCCCUCACAGAAACAACAGAUCAUGUCCCUUUCGGCUAGCCAGGCGAAGGACAAGAGGGAGAUUAUUAAGGACUACACCGCAAAAAUCCAAAAAUUUGGGAGCAAGCGGAAGCAGCCUCCAACUGACCCCAAACAAAGCAAGAAGCCCAAGGCCGAUGGCCGCAAGGACAAAGAUAAUGGGGACUUUGACACCUGGCUUGUUACCCCUCCAAAAGCCGGCGAUGAGGACAAGAUCAUCAAGAAAGCCAACAAAAGCGGGUCCAUGAGGGAAUGGAAUUGGUGUAAGCAUCACAAGAAGAUGGUACUUGCGGUAUCACGCGACGGUAGAAAGCACAACUCCAAGACGUGCAGCGGAGUUGGAACUCCCAUAAAGAAGCCUAGCACAAAAGAACAGAAGAGAUUGAAAGAGUAA